AACCUUCCUGAACAUUCCACUUCCUCCAAUUGCAAAAAUGGACAUGGACACUAGCAAACUACACUGGGGACAUCAAGAAUACAAUCUUGGAAAGUUUGCUGAAAAAUUCAAGGACUCCUUUCCUAAGAUCAUCAAUGUGACGGUGGGCUUUCUUGGACAACAGGAACUGGACAGUAUCAGCUCAAGCACACACAUCAUGGUCCACUCCCUGCUCUGCCAGCAGAGAGCAGUGUUUGAGAGCAAACAUGGGAAAGUCCUGUCCCUACCUGUCACCAUCUCAACUGUAGGCUUCUACAUAAUCAGAAAUGAUAGACGAGAGGGACCACCAAUCAGUCUUCAGGCUAUUUUGGAGUCCAACCCACUGCCAGUCAUCAUCCAACCAAUAACGCCACUUGUCCUGCCGUGGCUGUCAGGAGGUCAUAGGCUGGACACACUGACAAUCACACACACCUAUGAGGAGCAGCUCUUAAUUGGGUUUCCUUUCAGCAGCAAAGGAAUCCUCUCCAGACACACUCCUCUGGUGCUGCCCAUGUAUAUGAAGGAGGUGCGUAUUGCAUUGGCAGAGGGGUUGGAGGGACUCGAUCAGGGCCAGUUCGAGGACGCCUGUGCUACAUUGGGGGGGCAGAUCGAUGAACUGGGCCUCAGGAACCUUUUCAUCUUUCAAGAUAUCACCAUUUUGAAUAAGCAAGAGUUGAUUGAAAAGGGUCACGAAUACAUGGAGGGGAAGCCAAUCUACAUGAGUCUGAAGAACCAGGGUGAUGAAAUCAACCUUUACCAGCACCUUGACUUUGAGACAACCGAGCCUCCUACUUUACAGAGAAAAGCAGCAAGACCCCCACCUCUACCCCCUAAACCACAAUAUUUACAAAUAGCUAGACACAAACUUCCACCCCUUUCUCCAUCAUUGGAGAACAAUUCCCAGUCCUACUCUGGCGGCUCAUGGCACCCACUCUUCUGCUCCUUAGCAGAGGUGCCCUCUAAUCUACGGGACCUGAGUGUGGCACAGGUGUGCUCCUGCCUGCGACUGCUCAACUUGGACCAGUACUGCCAGGCCUUCGAGAGGGAGCAGAUUGACGGGGAUCUGUUGUACACAGUUGAGCCCAGCAUGAUGAGGGAGACCCUGGGUAUGGAGAGCCUGCACGUGGGCAAGCUUCUCCGCUUCCGAGAGGGCUGGAGGCCCUUACUUGGAUCUUCUGGAGCUGAGCAGGUUGGGUAGUAAUGGAUUACCUGUAAUGGGGAUUAUAAUCAGAUUGUAAAAAUUUCAUUGGCAAUCUGGGAUCCAAACAACACUAAAGCGGUCAUAGAAGUGACAUUUUGUACUCUUGUGCUGGAUGGUAAAUUAUUUACAUAUUUUAUGUUAGGCUAAGUACCAUUUACAUUAGUAAUGGCUAAAGUGUCAUUCAGAAUAAAGGCUACUUUUGGAGUAAUUCCUGCUGGGAAGCAAACAUUCAUCCACACAGCAUGAUUAAAAGCACAGGUUUCAGGCCAAUAGUGUGUGUGUCACACCACAUGGCCGGUGGAGUCACAGACGUCAUUGACAUUUUCAUUUCCAUUGUCAAAAUGUGAUUGACUUUCAGUCAUUUCAUUUACCACAACUACAGCAAUAAGAUACAGAAAUAACUACCUACAUGAGGUCCAAGAAAAUAAACAUAACAUCCAUUUUAUGUCCAACAAAAAACAUGCAAAACAAAAGAAGGCACAAGGAUCUAAGCUGCACUACAUGACCAAAAGUAUGUGGAUACCCCUUCAAAUUAGUGGACUUGGCUAUUCAUCCACACCCGUUGCUGACAGGUGUAUCAAAUUUGAACACACAGCCAAGCAAUCGCCAUAGACAAACAUUAGCAGUAGAAUGGCCCAAACUGAAGAGCUCAGUGACUUUCAACACGGCUCCAUUAUAGGAUGCCACCUUUCCAACAAGUCAGUUAAUCACAUUUCUGCCCUGCUAGAACUGUAAGUGCUGUUAUUGUAAAGUGAAAACGUCUAGGAUCAACAACGGCUCAGCCACGAAAUGGUAGGCCACACAAGCUCACAGAAUGGGACCGCCGAGUGCUGAAGCGCGUAAAAAUCGCCUGUCCUCGGUUGCAACACUUACUACUUAGUUCCAAACUGCCUCUGGAAGCAACAUCAGCACAAUAACUGUUCGUCGGGAGCUUCAUGAAAUGGGUUUCCAUGGCCAAGCAGCCGCACACAAGCCUAAAAUCAGCUUGCGCAAUGCCAAGCAUUGGCUGGAGGGGUGUAAACCUCACCGCCAUUGGACUCUGGAACAGUGGAAAUGCGUUCUCUGGAGUGAUGAAUCAUGCUUCACCAUCUGUCAGUCCGAAGGACAAAUCUGGGUUUGGCGGAUGCCAGGAGAACGCUACCUGCCCAAAUGCAUAGUGCCAACUGUAUAGUUUGUUGGAGGAGGAAUAAUGGUCUGGGGCUGUUUUUCAUGGUUUGUGCUAGGCCCCUUAAUUCCAGUGAAGGGAAAUCUUAACACUACAGGAUAGAAUAACAUUCUAGAUGAUUCUGUGGUUCCAACUUUGUGGCAACAGUUUGGGGAAGGCCCUUUCCUGUUUCAGCAUAACAAUGAAUACUCCUGUGCACGAAGUUAGGUCCAUACAGAAAUGGUUUGUCGAGAUCGGUGUGGAAGAACUUGACUGGCCUGCACAGAGCCCUGACCUCAACCCCAUAGAAAACCUGUAAUGGGAAUUUUAAUCUUUGUGCUUUUCUAAACUCAUUUCUGUGUUCAAUUCAUGUGCUGUUCUAUAAACCAAUUUCUAUGUUCAUGCAACUGGCUGACUGAACAAAUCCUCACUAUAAUUAGCUGCAAUUUGGCAGUACACCCAGACCUUGUUUUGAGAAUGAAAAAUAUCUCAGUUUCAAGGUCUCAGCUUAGAGAGAAGAAGCUUCGUGAGGUAUUGGUCUGUCAAAUGUUAUGAACCAGUAUUGGUCGGUCAAUGAAACAAAACGGUGAUGAAUUAAUUAUGCUAAAUCAUGCAAAUAUAACUUGCCUGUGUAUAGCCGUAUAAAAGACAACUGCUGGGACUGCCCAGGCAGCGCACUGACAAAUAAAUAAUGAUUAAUUUAAGAUUGACUUCGGGUGUCCCUGUGUAAGAAUUUCCACAGCACACCAUUGGGACAAAUUGGAGCGCUGACUGCGAGCCACGCCUAAUUGGCCAACAUCAGUGCCCGACCUUACUAAUGUUCUUGUGGCUGAAUGGAAGCAAGUCCCCGCAAAAAUGUUCCAACAUCUAGUGGAACAUCUAGCGUUCCCAGAAGAGUGGAGGCUGUUAUAGCAGCAAAGGGGGGGCCAACUCCAUAUUAAUGCCCAUGAUUUUGGAAUGAGAUGUUCGACAACCAGAUAGCCACAUACUUUUGGCCAUGUAGCAAAAAAAUAUACCUCAGACAGAUACCUCGGGAGCUGAAGGUAGAUGGACUGAAAAGGUCGAAACUUUUUCAGUAUGAACAUGCAACAUCAAUAACAAUCAAGACUCAUUGGUGAUUUGUAUUUUACUUUAAAAAACAAUAACACAGUGCAAAAGAUGAUAAAACAGCUAAUUAUUUCUGAGGACAGAGAGGGUGUCCUCAGUAAACAAAGGUUAUUUCAACAGUUUGGUAAAAAAUAUAAUUACAGACCACUACACAGUUCAAAUCAUUGUAAAACUCUUCACUAUAGGGCACGGCUAUUCACUUAUACCCUACGAGGUCUGGAGCCUGCUGGUUUUCUGUUCUACCUGAUAAUUAAUUGGACACACGUGGGGUCCCAGAUCUAAACCAAUCCCUGAUUAGAGAGGAACAAUUCAAAAAUGCAGUAGAUGUCACGCCUGCUCCCGCUCUCCCUCUAGCGCUCGAGGGCGCCAGGCGACCCAUCAUUACGCACACCUGUAACCAUCGUUACACGCAUCAGCGCUUCAUUGGACUCACCUGGACUCCAUCACUUAUUAAUUGCCUCCCCUAUAUUUGUGUGUUCCUCAGUUUCAUCCCUGUGUCAGCACUAAUGUUGCUUUGUUUCUCCUGUCCAGACGCUGUCCUUGUUUUGUUUCAUGUCGGUUAUUUAUUAAAUAUUCACUCCCUGUAUUUGCUUCUCGUCUCACAGCGUCUGUCCUCACAGAAUGCUGACACCACAAUAUUGGAAGUAGCAGGGAGUUUUUUGGUUUUUGUUGGUGACGUCGGGUCCGGGUGCCGCUGUCGAAGGAACCGGGGGUGCCUCAGCUGGCUCGUCAGACUUCCAUGCCUUAGCUGGCUUGAGAGGUUUUCUUGUCUCGGUUGGCUCGAGGGCACCAGGCGGCCCAUCAUUACACACACUUGUCACCAUCGUUACGCGCAUCAGCACUUCAUUGGACUCACCUGGACUCCAUCACUUAUUGAUUGCCUCCCCUAUAUCUGUCUUCAUCAGUUUCUCCUUGUGUCAGCACUAAUGUUGUUUUGUUUCUCCUGUCCAGACGCUGUCCUUGUUUUGUUUCAUGUCGGUUCUUUAUUAAAUAUUCCCUGUAUUUGC